AUGCGAGAAUGUGCUGAAAAACCAGAUGUUUGCACAAAAUUUGACCACUUUACACAAUCUAAUGAGAAAACCCUCCCUCAAUUUAUGGAUCAGCUCAUUAAGAUGGGAGGUGCUGGAAGUGGUCUGCAGAGACCUGGAAGGUUGAGCCAUGAAACUAUUGGAACUAGCUUUGCAGAUGGGAGCUUGUGGCCGGAGAAACCAACAUGGAAGCAGGGAGUGGCCAAGGUGAAGAGAAAGAAGCCUCUGAGACCUUGUGAAUGUCAAAAGGUUCACAAUGUAGCUUGGUAUACUAGUAUUUCAGCAUCUAGAGGAGGGAAUGGGCAUCUUCAGAAUAAGGUGGAGCUGAGACAAAGUACCAUCUCCAAGACUGUAGAAGAGGUGAAGAAAAUCAUCCAUGAAUUGACCUCAGUAAUCAGUUCAAAAGACAUUAGAUUCCAACCCAUUUCUAAAUCAGACCUUUACAAUGAGAACAUAAAGGUUUUGGCACCUAACCAGUUCCUUAUCACAGUCCCCCUUAAAGGAUUGGUUGGGUAUAAAAAGCAACAGAACCGAAGGUGGUGGUAUUAUUCCUUGAGUGGCUCUCCCCAGGUCUCUCCAGUUCGGGAUCCUGAAGAUUUGUACCAAUGGCUGGAAGUAAAUCAGUUUUUGAAGUCUCUGCAGCAGUGGCAUGAAAUGGAUGUGAUUAUGGAAGGAGACAUCAUACCAGCAAAGGUCCUUCAAGUGUUCCAGAAUCUGGUGGAUAUCUCAAUUAAGACCUGCAGCUGCUCUAGAAAAGCCAACCUACUAGACUCUUAUGGUUCCACAGUUCGACUAGAAAUAGAGACAUCAGUAUGUCAGGUGGAAGUAGAAUUGGUUCCUGUGGUAGAGAUCUUCAACCAAUGGUGUGACAAGGCUCGGUGGCCUCGAUGUUUGAAGCGGUGGCCUUCUCGGGAGAAAGCAGAAGGUGUUAAGUCAAUUGGGUUUAGCCUGAUGGCUUGCUCCAGUUUCCACUGGCAAUUGAACUUCUCUCAAGCUGAGUAUAUGCUGAUGGAGGGGAUAGAUGAGGACGGUGGUUGCCGAAAGACAUAUUUCCAGGUCCUGAGGCAGAUGAAAGAGGAUGUUUGGUGUCCCGGAAACAGACCUAUCAUCACAUCUCAGCAUCUUAAGAUGGUUCUGUUUUGGACUUGUGAGAAGUACCCACAUGCCAAAGACUGGAAAAUUUUCACAGUAUCCUUUCUGCGCCUGGUCCAUAAGCUGCACAAGUGUGUGUCCCAGCACUUCUUGAAACAUUUUGUUGAUAGAAACAACAUGUUUCAGAAUGUCAGCAUAAAUGACUUGGAUGCCAUAGCCCAAAAGCUGACCCUUUUUCUAGAGAAUCCAGUACUCUGCUGGACCUGAGUGCUAGGAAGGGUCUCCAAGGCUUCCAGGGGUCAAUUCCUCUUGACCUUGCCUGAC